AUGGAAGAACAUGCGCAGCCCAAUGCUGGCUUACUGGAUCAGAGAGCGGCUUUGCAAUUCGUUCAGGACUCAAUUGGCCAGCUCAAUGGCGAUAAGACUCAGGUCUCUGUCUGGGGCGAGUCUGCGGGAGCUUCUUCCAUUCUUCACCACAUGGUCGUACCACAGGAAUCCUAUCCACCCCUUUUCCAGAAGGCUCUUCUGCAAAGCCCGGCAUAUCAGUUCCUCUGGGACCGUAAGGGUGUCCUGAACGAUACGUUUACACGCUUCGCCGAGGCUGUGGCUGCAAAGACACCGAAUUGCCAGGCUGCGAACAUUGACUGCCUCCGCAGCGCCGACUUCGCCGUCCUGACUAAGGUCAAUCAAGACCUAUUCAAUGAGGUGGCAUGUGAGGGUAUCUUCCCCGUCGGCCCUGCAGUUGACAACAAGUUGAUCCUCGACAUUCCCACAAACCUCUUCCAAGACGCUAAGAAUGUCAUUCCUCUCGACUCCGUUCUCGUUUCCCACGUCGAUCAGGAGAUUCCGAAGUCUAGUUCAUCGGCAGGCUUCAGUUUCAUUCCACUUCCUAUCCGACAGCAUCCGACCGAUCCAUCAAAAUUUGACGACUUCCUCGAUGAAUUUCUGUCUGGAGACUCCUACGCCGGCAUCAGGAGCUCUAUCCAGGCGCAAUAUCCGUCUGCCAACUACGACGAUCAGGUCGACAGAGCCCGGCAUGUUAUCAUGGAUUCGAGCUUUUUGUGUAACACUCGUGUUGUUAUUGACGGGUAUCUCUCUCAGAAGAAGCAGGUUUGGGCUUUUGAUUACGUCUUCCUCCAAAAGUAUGGGCGCGCAAAUCACGCCUCGGAUCUGGUACCGACAUUCUCAUCAAGCGAUAUCAACUAUUUUGAUCUUUUCGACUGCCUCAUCAAGGUUUGGGCAAUUAAAGGUCUCAUCGCCAAGAUAAUUAGUAGCUUCGUGUCCAACACGCUUGGACCGGGUAUGAUUUCUUACUUUGUCUCGUUCUCAGUCACAGGUAAUCCCAACAAGACCCCUCAUUCGCAGACUACCUGGCAACCGGCUCAGAUCAUUGACGGCAAGGUCAAUAAUGUGAUUCAAGCUCGAGGAGAAUUGAAUCCGUUUUCUCCAAUUAUUGAUGAGCAGAAUACCGACCAAAUCUGCGGUUUCUGGAAGCAGGUUGCGGCGGACAUCACCACAGCCUAUGACAAUAGCGGUGUUUCUGAUAUUGAAAUUGCUCCCAAGAUGGAGGAACAGGCAACUUUUGAGGAGCUUUGA